AUGGUGGUGAUCCCCGAUGGCAUUGAUCAUCAGGAUGAGCGAAAAGAUCGGAUACAACUUAGUGAAACUAUGGUGAAUGUCAUGCCUGGUCACUUGGAGGAUCUGAUUAAGAAGAUAAAUUUAUCAUGUGAUGAAAAGAUCAGCUGUGUCAUUGCUGAUGCAACGACUGCUUGGGCUCCAGAUGUUGCCGAGAAGAUGGGCAUCAAGAGAGCCAUGUUUUGGCCUAGCCUUGUUGGAGGAUUUGCAUUGAGUCUUCAUAUUCAAGAGCUUAUUCAAGCCAAAAUUAUUGAUCAUAAUGGAACUCCCUUAACAAAUGAAAAGAUCCAGAUUUCUCCGGAAUUGCCUGCCAUGAUCCCUUCUGAAUUCAUAUGGAGCUGUCCAGGUGAUCCAAUCAGGCAAAACAUCAUAUUCCGAUAUGUAGAAUAUGCCAACAAGGCUGUCAAAAAUUCCAACUGGCUUCUUUGCAACUCAUUUUAUGAACUAGACUCUUCGAUAUGCGAUUUGAUUCCAAACCUCUUACCAAUCGGUCCAUUACUUUCAAUAAAUCAUCCUGGAAAACCGACCGGAAACUUUUGGCCCGAGGACUCAACUUGUUUACACUGGCUUGAUAAACAGCCUGCCCAAUCAGUCAUAUAUGUUGCCUUUGGUAGCAUAGCAAUUUUCAACCAGUGCCAAUUCGAAGAAUUGGCGCUAGGACUUGAACUUUCGGGUCAGCCAUUCUUGUGGGUAGUCAGAUCAGACCUUAUGGAUGGUUCCAUUAUAAAAUACCCAGAAGGGUUUCUGGAUAGAGUAGCCAGUCGCGGCAAAAUAACAGAAUGGGCACCACAAGAGAAGGUUUUAGCCCACUCUUCGAUUGCUUGUUUUGUAAGUCAUUGUGGUUGGAAUUCAACCAUGGAGGGACUUAGUAUGGGGGUUCCCUUUCUGUGUUGGCGUUAUUUUGCUGACCAAUUCCUCGUCAAGAGUUACAUUUGUGAGGUUUGGAAGGCGGGUUUAGGAUUGAAUAUUGAAACAAAUGGAAUCAUUUCAAGCCAUGAAAUAAGAAGAAAGUUGGAUAAAUUGCUAUGUGAUGGUGGUAUAAGAGAUAAUGUGACUCAACUGAAAGAAAUGGCCAGAAAGAGUGGCAGUGAAGGUGGAUCAUCAAUGAACAACUUUGAAAUCUUCAUUAAGCAGCUAAGAUGUUAA